AUGGAACGUAAAAAGUUUGGUGAAUUUCAUCAUCUUUUAAAACAAAUACGAAAAGAUGAAUUAAAAUUUAAAGAAUAUUUUCGUAUGAGUAUGAAACAAUUUGAUCAACUUUUAUCAAUUAUUAAAAAGGACAUCGAAAAAAAGGAAUUAAAUCUCAGGGAAAGUAUUACAGCCGAGGAACGAUUAGCUGUUUGUUUAAGGUAA